AAAAAAAAAAAUCUGUAUUGAGAGCAAAGACUGCUCAGACCUGAAGUAUCACCACUCCUGAAGUCACAGUAGGUCUGACCUCAGGUUAGAAAUGGUCUGAAGAGCGUCCUCUGAAUCCCUGGCUGGACACUGUAACCUAAGAAGGAUGAUCAAUAUCCAAGGGCCCUCCCCAUUAGCCGGCUGCGGGGGGAGAGCUCCAUGCGCACACAUGCCUCUCAGAAGCGCCCACCACCCGCGGAAGGCGAAUGGCCCGGACAGGAGGAUGGAGCCGCAGGGGGGCGCGGGGAAGGCUGGCCAUCGCUCCUGGAAGCUCGCUUCCAUCUCCAGGUCCCUGAUCCUGUGCCGCUCGGUGACCAGCGACGACAGCAACAGCCCAGAGGAAAAGUACAGCCGACCGGGGGCCAGGAACGGGGACGGGGGGAGACAGCGGUGGGACUGUCAGGAGGCUGCCUUGCACGCCAGCGCCUGGUCGGCCUCCCCGGGGAUUCCACCACGAGGCAGCCCUACCGUGACCACGGGGGGUCCACAAGAGAUCUCCAAACGGACCUUCUCCUUUAAGAGAAGCAGUAUCUGGAGAAUGUGUGUGGCUGGUGAAGAAGGCCCAGGAGCCCGUACUGGCCAUCAUAACACCCUGCCUGCUGAAAGAGGCCUUACUGUACACUGCACCAAAAAUGGAGGCGUGCUGCACAGGGACAGUGACCUCCAGCCGGGGGCCGAUUCUCUUCUAGCCAAUGGCAAGCUCCGCGGGGGAUGUGCCGAGGUGGAGGAAGACUCAGCAGGGGGGUCACGUGCCAGGGCACCUCACACGCUGGCAUGCAGUGAGGAGUCUUUGACGAGUGAAAAUAGUACCACGUUGGUCAACAGUGGAGUCCCAUUAAUGUCUCCUGCUGUGAGAGACGAAGCACGCAUCCUCACCAGCUACGGUUGUAUGGAGCACGCUGGGAAAACGGUCACACUGAAGGACCCCAUUGUGGAGGCCAGCUGUGGGGAGACUGGUCACAACUGGGAUGUGCAGAAGGCAGAGAAGAGUGACCAGGGCAACCAGUCUAACAGUCCGAAGACACGGUCUAAUUCCACCACCGUCAGUCCCUACUGGAUCGGCGACUUGGACACAUUGAUACUGAAGACUCCAGAGAUCUCCCGUGGCCAUCGCCAGAGGAACACUCGCUUUUACGGAAACAGGAAGUCCCUGUCUCAGCAGUUGGAAUUUCCUCAUGGAUUUUCACAGGCUGUUCCGAGACCCUCUCGCUCCUUGAGUUCGGCUCACCUGGUCCACCUCAGCAGCAGCAGCAUGCAAGCCUUCAUCAUCUGUAAUGUCGUCCUGAUGAAGGGUCAGGGAAAGGGUUUGGGCUUCAGCAUUGUUGGCGGGAAGGACAGCAUAUGUGGGCCCAUGGGUAUCUAUGUCAAGACCAUCUUCCCGGGGGGAGCAGCAGCAGCAGAUGGCAGGCUGCAGGAAGGGGAUGAGAUUCUGGAACUGAACGGCGAGUCUCUGCAUGGCCUGACUCAUGAAGAUGCUUUGCAUAAGUUCAAACAAAUCAAGAAGGGCCUCCUGAUGCUGGUGGUGCGGACGAGCCUGCGGCCCGGGGUGCUGUCUAGCCAGGCUCAGGCAGCCCAGCUCUGCCGUUCCCGCUCCCUCAGCACCAGCACGGGGAUCAGCAGGGCCAGCGCAGACAUGAGUGACUGCAGCUUCACGGCCACGCCAGCCAAACCCCAGGACCGCAUUGUGAUGGAAAUCUCACUGCAGAAAGAAGCCGGUGUGGGACUUGGAGUUGGACUCUGUUGUGUCCCGUCGGGGGAGGGCUGCCCCGGAAUUCAUAUCCACACUCUCUCACCGGGAUCGGUAGCCCACAUAGAUGGGCGCCUCAGGUGCGGGGACAAGAUCAUGGAGAUCAAUGACACUGUGGUCUACAACAUGACGCUGAACGAGGUCUACACGGUGCUGAGCCAGUGCAGCCCAGGUACGGUCCGCGUCCUCAUCAGCCGGCACCCCGACCCCAAGGUCUCAGAGCAGCAGCUGAAUGAGGCCAUCGCUCAGGCUGUGGAGAGCAGCCAGUUGAAGAGAGACAGGAGCCAAUGGAGUAUAGAAGGUCUGAGGAGACCGUCCCCCUGUUCCCACGGGAGGCCGAGAUGUGAGAAUUGUGUUGAAAGGAACUUCUUGCAGCCCGGAGGCCGCCGGGUCCCAAAACUGAUGACCCGCUCAUGCAGCGACAGCACCUACAAUUACCGCAUGCUAUGCAGCUCCUGCAGUCUGGUCCACAGCUACCCGCAAUCAGACCCCAAGGCCAGGGUCCACAGCAUGGACAUCCCACUGCCGGCGUCGCCGGUAUCGGGGACCGGGUCCUGGCCUGACAGUAAACCACCUUCAUACCAGGACUACAAUGUUCCCCACAGCUCCUCUGACACAGUCCACUGUCUACACCCAUUAGACUUGAGGAUCAGGAGCUCGAAGGCUCUAGGAUCUGACCCCCCAAGCCCCACCCAGACUCAACUGGACAGAUUUAACGGACAGUCUCUUGCUAACUCACAGGGAUCCAGCCGAGAUUCCCUGGAUGAUGCCUGGCCUCGUCCCCAAUCAACAUGCCAGUUUUUUUGCAGUAUUUACAUGGCUUUAAGAAAGAUUCCAGAAUUGCUAUUUAAACAUGAAGCAGCCGGCAGGCUGCCUGAGACACCGAGGGCGACACACAGAAGCUCCUUAGCUGUCCCUGCAGCUUCAGAUCCGACAGAUCUCUCCUCCAGAGGAGACAGCAAGCACAAAGGUCCUAAGCCUGCCCUUCACGUGUGCUCCCAGAGUAAGAGGCCAGUGCUGAGGAGGCAAGCCUGUGUGGAACUACACCAGGACAGCCAACCACUGGACCCCUGGGUGAAGGGGACCCCCUGCAUUGGGACAACGCACAGUCCAGCCACCAUGAGUGAAGAGAAUGGGAUGGAAGAGGUCAAUGGUCCCGCCUUGCCUGAGAGCACUGAGGCGGCCCAGGACCUCAGUACAGCCAAGGUGGAUGAAUCGGCGAGUGUGAAAAAGGGUCCGCCUGUGGCACCCAAGCCCACCUGGACUCGGAAGAGCCUGGUAGGGAGGAUACAGGCAGAAUCCAGCAGAGUUUCUGAUAAGAAGCCCCCUGAUGUGGCCAGGACUUUCGGGGUGAGCUUGAGAAGCACCUCGGCAUCGGGCAAUCUGUCGUUCAAACAAAAGAUCCACUCAUUCGAGUCCUUCUCUAGCCCCGAGGGACCGGAAAGGGGCAGCCGACGUCUUGCUUCUUCCACAUCGUUGCCUUUAACAGAGAAAUCGCGCCCUUACAACACAGGAAGUGGGCCAAGCAGCAGAUCUACAGUGGCUAACUCAGUCAAUGAGCACAGGGCCUCCCCAUCUGUUCCCACACAGCUGGUCUCUGACUGUCCUCCAGGAAACACCAGCACGGCAGGAAGGCAUUCUGCUGUUUCCAAAGUCAUAUCCAGCUCAGAAGAGACCAUUCCAGAGGAAACAUCUCAAGAAGCUCCAACAGCAACUUCUCCAGAAGCACCUGCUCCAACAGAAACUUCUACAGACACAAUUUCUUCAGCGACAACAGCUCCAAAGGCAUCUUUCACAGAAGCACUUACUCCAGAAACAGCUUCUCCAGAUGAGCCUGAUCCAGAAGCAGAUCAAGUCUCCAUUUCAGCUCCAGAGCCUAAGGUUGACAGCUUGAAGGAUGACCUCUUGGACAGGCCUUUCUCAUCCAAGGAGUCCAUUACGAUCGCCAAGCAGCAGAGUCUACGGACAAGAAGCCUGCCCCUGACAACUCCUGAGCUCUCCACUGAGGCCUCCACCACCCGGCUGCUCGAUAAUGAAAGUCUGGGGAAGAUCUUGUCUAUCAGCAACCUGGUGUCGCACGCACUGAUCCGCACAAUGCGCUCCCUACCUCAGUCCCCAUGCUUCCGCCUUGGAAACCCCUGGAGCCAAAAUCCAGGAUCCCCUCUGCCCAAGACAGACGAGGACCCUCCAACUACGGAAACCGCCCCCUUCUCCCCUGGAGCUGACUGCAGUGAAAAGGGCUUCUCUGUAAGCCUGGCGGAGCUCCAUGAGUGCACCAUAAAGUGGGAAUCCGACGGCAGCGAAGAUGGCAACUGGGAGAGAGGCCUGUCCAGUAUCUCAGCCAAAUGUGCCCAGUCGGUCAUGUCUGUCAUCCUACCCGAGGAGAUCGAAAGGAUGAUGAAAGAAGUUGAGGCCCUGGAUGAGGAGGUCCUGGAGCAAUUUGAAGAUAUCAAAGUUGUGAUUUUACACAAAGAAGAGGGGGCUGGCCUGGGCUUCAGCAUCGCCGGAGGUGUCGACUGUGAGAACAAAGCCAUCAUUGUUCACAAGGUGUUCCCCAGCGGACUGGCGGCUCAGGAGGGCACGAUAGAGAAGGGGGAUGAGGUGCUCUCCGUCAACGGGCAGACUCUGAAGCACUUGAACCACGCCAAUGCCACAGCCAUUCUCCGGGAGGGCAGGACCAUGAAGCAAGCCGUAGUGGUCAUCUGCAAGGCUGGAGAGGGCGAGGCGGGAGCCGGGCCCCCCAGCGACCUGGCUGGCGGCGGCCCAGACCAGAGCAGUGCUGACGACGGUGGUGGCGAGAUCCUGACCGUACAGCUAGAGAAGAGUGCAGGCGGCGUGGGCUUCAGCCUCGAAGGAGGCAAAGGCUCAAUCAACGGAGACAGACCCCUGGUGGUGAACAGGAUGUUUAAAGACCUAAGCAGCAUUCAACUGGGCGACGAGAUCCAGCAGGUCCAGGACACGUCUCUGCUGGGGCUACCGCGGUUUGAGGCGUGGAGCAUCAUCAAGGCUCUGCCCGAUGGACCCUUUACGGCCGUCAUCAGGAGAAAAAGGGGCGAGACGGACUGAGAGAGCAACAUGUGGGUGGCACCAAGCAAGACCCCACAAGGAAGCCUGUGCUCCAGUGAGGGAGGGGUCUUCACUCCAUUAUCGUAGGAACUGUUUCUGAACCCUAGAAGGUAGUCAGUCCACAAUCUAUUUUGCGUUUACAAGUUCAGGUCUGUUUACACUUUUUAGAAAUCAAAAUCAGGGAAAACCAUAUCUUUUUUCAUUUUUUUGGGACUGCAAAAACAGAAAAUGAAUGCAUUGUAUCCAUAUACAUAUAUGAUAAGUAAUAAAAAAAUUGAUCAGGAUUAUGCAAAAUAAACAGUUUGUCCAAUGCAUCAUAUUUGCAUA